GACAAGAUGCUGCGCACCCCUAAAUGCUCGCGGUGCCGGAACCAUGGCUUCCUGGUGGCAGUCAAGGGCCACGCGGGCAACUGUCGCUGGAAGCAGUGCACUUGCGACAAGUGCUACCUUAUCACUGAACGCCAGAAGAUCAUGGCCGCACAGAAAAUGCUCAGGAAGCAGGCCUCCGACGAGGAUCAGGCGCUAGCCUCCCGGGCCGAAGCUGUGGCCCCGGCGUCCAGCCUCCGCCCGCUUCCUCCGCUGGCCAGUUCUGGAGACCUGGAGCCGGGCCCUGAGGACCGCGCGGCCACCUACUUGCAGGAGAGACCACCGCACGGCCCAAGCCCUGGCCCCAGCGCCUUCCAGCCAGUUCUGGCCGGCGGCGGCCACACCGGUGCAGGCAAGCAAGCUGCUGUGGCCAUUCCGGGUUUCGUGGGGCCCCAGGUCGGGGCGGAGGCCACCAGCACGGGAGGUUCUGGCCACAUGGAGACGCGUAGGCCACUGCGGCCCAUUCCCAGCUCGUCAUUCGCCUUUGGGCUCUCUUUGAACAUCCACUCGGAUUCUGUGGUGGGGUCUGAGUACCUGGAGAGAGAUCCAUCCAAGCUGUAUCCCAGCUGCUCCAGCAUGUACCCCUAUCACCCAUUCCCGCUGGGCUACCAGGAUGUGUCCCCAGGCUUGGGGAUCCCUCUGCAGCAGGGCUUCCGGCACGUGUCCUACAGCCCCUACCACGGAGGAGGCUCGGUAUCGGAGCCAGGGGAAGACUUCCAGCCAAGCUACCCCCCGCCGCCCACCCUGCUGCCGCCGCCCACCCUGCUGCCACCACCGCCGCCGCUGUCACCCCAGCCCCAGUUCCUCCCACCAGGCUUCCUCUCUGCGAUCCACUUCCUGCCGCCGCUGCCACCGCCACCACCACCAGCAUCCUUCUCACUGCCCAUGCAUUCUGAUACGGACCAGGAGACCGCUGAUGACCAGGAUGCAGAGGCACCACUUGAGCCCGGCCAGCCUGCGUCUCAGGAGCAGUCCGACUAG